GCCAGUGACAUCUGUGAUCCAAACCCAGUCAUGAUGCUUAUUCUGUGUGUCUACCUAUAUGAAAGUCUCCCUCACUACUUACCCAAGAACACUAUAGAAUUUACAGGUGCUCUCCAUGCAACUGUUGUUAAACAGGUGCGUCUGAAAAACCCAAGCCGUAAAACUUUGAUGUACAAUGCUAUUCUUGUUGGAAGAGAUGCUGAUGAUUUCUCAUUACCUAAAGGAAACACUGUCACAAUUGCCCCUAAGAGGCAAACAACUAUAAAUGUGGAAUUCACUAGUCGUUUUCUGCACCCUGCUGAAGCAAUGUUGUUACUGGUCUCAAAGAAUGUGGGUGGAAUAGAUGGUGCCACACUGACAUUUUCUCUGAAAUCUGAAGUCAACCAUAUUGAGCCUGCUGAUAUAUUGAAAUGCAAAUCCCCAUGUUAUCAGCUGAAUAAAGUUACCCUAAAUGUUACCAAUCCCUUCAGUACUGAUGGCAUAUUCAGUACUGAAAAGAACAUACUACAUUUUAAAAAUGGUACACUGCCUGAAGAUCCAAAUGAAGAGAUCAACUUAAAUUGCUCUGACCAAUCCAGCCUCCUGCAUGAGUUCUUCAGUCCAAUUGAAAAACUGUUCUUGGAAGGGAGAAGUUCUGCAGGCUUAGAUAUUCACUUCCUUCCCUUUAAUCUGGAAAAACGUUACUGUAGUGUCAUUCUGGCUAAUGAACUGAUUGGAGAAUUCAUAUAUCUGAUAGAGGGAACAGGUGAUAUACCUUUGCCUUCAGGAUUGCUUCCAAUGGAUAGUCCAAAUGUUUUGCAUGUUAGCAGUACAUUAGAAGGUCCAUGUUCAGCAGAGCCAGUUUUAUAUUUGAAAUGUGGUCUUGAUCAGAUUCUUGAAGAAAAUCUGAAGGUUCCAUUGAUCAAUGAGUCAAGAGAGAGGGCUCUGGCUAUUGCUGCACAACAGCAGAUGUCAACUAUUGAAUAUGAAAGAAGAAAGAUCACAGGGACUCUGCAGAGCAGUAGUGUUAGAGUUACAACUGCAUUAUUAGGGCUGUCCAGAGUAGAG